AAGUUCCGCAAGAUCGGGGCCCCAAACGGGGCAGUCCCCACGGGGAUCUCCAUCUUCAGAUGGAAAUUGUCAUCCAUACUAACAACUAACAUUUGCUUUUGCUUGCAUGUAAAAAAACAUAUGACCGAGAAAAAAAAUGGUGUAAGCUAGACAGACUCCAAUAGCUUCCAUUAAUUUGUAAAAAACUAAACCCAGUAAACAACACCGGUCAAGAACAGGAGGGCUCAAAACACCUUUUGGUUCUAGAUGACAAAGACAAAGCAGCGGGAGAAAUAAUCGUCCACUAACUAGUGCUGAGCGAGGGAGAGCGCGAGAGAGAAUGAAAAUAGUUACAUACAACGUGAACGGCCUGAGACAGCGCAUAGCGCAGUUCGGUUCUCUCCGGAAUCUUCUAAAUUCAUUCGACGCCGACAUCAUUUGCUUUCAGGAGACCAAACUCAGGAGGCAGGACCUCACUGCGGAUCUCGUUAUGGCCGAUGGCUAUGAAUCUUUCUUCUCCUGCACCCGCACCUCCGACAAGGGCCGCACCGGUUAUUCCGGUGUUAUUACAUUUUGUCGUGUGAAGUCUGCAUUUUCGAGUAAUGAAGUGGCCUUGCCCCUUGCGGCUGAGGAAGGUUUCACUGGUCUUAUGGGCGACUCUCAAACUUGCAAAGCCAAUUUGCCAUUCUCCAUGGACGAUCUUGAGGAAUUUUCAAAAGAUGAGCUUCUCAGUGUUGAUAGUGAGGGGCGUUGCAUUAUCACAGAUCACAGUCACUUUGUUCUUUUCAAUAUAUACGGGCCUCGGGCUGGAGGUGAUGACAAAGAAAGGAUUCAGUUCAAGCAAAAUUUUUACAAGAUCUUGCAGAAAAGAUGGGAGACUCUCCUGCAUCAGGGAAGAAGAAUAUUUGUUGUUGGGGAUCUCAACAUUGCACCAUUUGCAAUUGAUCGAUGUGAUGCAGGACCUGAUUUUGAAAAUAAUGAGUUUAGAAGAUGGUUCAAAUCAAUGUUGAUUGAAAAUGAAGGCCGAUUUUCUGAUGUCUUCAGAGCAAAGCAUCCUAAUAAAACGGAAGCAUACACCUGUUGGGCACAAAAUACAGGUGCUGAGGUAUUUAACUUUGGGAGUAGAAUUGACCAUAUUCUAUGCGCGGGUUCUUGCUUGCAUGAAUCUGAUGACCUGAAAUGUCAUAGUUUUAUAAGAUGCCAUGUAAUGGACUGUGACAUUUUGACAGAGUACAAACGUUGUAAACCUGAAAGCACACUGAGUGCCCACAGGUGGAAGGGGGGGCGAAGCAUUAAACUGGAAGGAUCUGAUCAUGCUCCAGUUUAUAUGACUUUACUUGAAAUUCCUGAGGUCUCUCUGCAUAGUACUCCCUUCUUAUCUGCUAGAUAUGUUCCCAUGGUUCAUGGCAUACAGCAAACUCUAGUGUCAAUGUUGGUGAAAAGACGAGUUUCUGAACAAACAAAAUCAUGCGAGAUGGUAAAUGAAGACAUUUCAAUGGGUAGUACUUAUGAGAGUAUAGAACCAACUAACCAAACUGAUUCAUCUACUAGUGAGUGUCAUUUUCCUUCAAGCCAGGAUUCUGUGUGUAGCAUUUUGGAAUCAAAGGAACUUUCCAGAGGUUCUUCUCAGGAGGCGGCUAUUUCUAAAUCAGGAAGUGGAUAUGAAAAAUCAAUGCCCAGGAAAUGUAAUGAAUCCAAGAAAAAAGCAAGAAACAAUCAAGGGUCCCAGCUCUCCCUUCGGUCAUUUUUCCAGAAAAGUACAAAUCUUGAUAAUGGUGUCAAUAACUCUUGCACUGAUCACUCAAAUAAUCAGGCUGAACCCUCACAACCCGAUCCUCAUUUACGUGAAACUUCUACAGCGAUUGAUCAUAGUAGCAGUCCCAAGCAAUGUGAGGUUAAUACUGAUGCAUGUGACCUGGAUUUAGCUGAACUAAAUGAUAGUUCUAGGAAGGAAGAAAAGAGUAAUGUAGCUUCACUGGAGUGGCAAAGAAUACAACAAAUGAUGCAGAAUAGUAUACCUCUUUGCAAGGGCCAUAAGGAACGUUGCAUUGCUCGGGUAGUGAAGAAACAAGGAUCUAAUUUUGGCCGCAGAUUCUAUGUUUGUGCCCGUGCUGAGGGCCCUGCAUCUAAUCCUGAAGCAAACUGUGGUUACUUCAAAUGGGCUACUUCAAAGUCUAGGAAUAAAUAACGGUGGUGAAUUCACAUUUUAAUAAACGGAUUGUGUUCAUUUGCCCACUCCAUCCAAGUUCCCUUGUAUAGUGACAAUAUGGAGCUGACAUCCCAUCCCAGUUUUGCAUGAUAAUGGAGGAGCUGCAUUUCAAUCUUUUUGACACAUCCUCAUAGCUUCUUGCAGCAGUUGUGAAUUUUCAGGCUUAAUCAGCUGUUUGCCUGUGUUUGUAAAUAGCAGGCAAGUCUCUCCACUAAGGAGCAGAUUUUAGGAAUUGUAUAAAGAAAAGCUGUCAAUGCUCCCCAUCUCAAAAUCUUACUUGGUUGGACCCUACCACUUCCCAACACUAAUUGAGGCUACCUGGCAAACAUUCUGUUAUUUAGGGGAGUUUCUGCUCAACAUGAUGUCCCAGUACCAUGUUCGGUCUGAAAAGUGCUUUAUCAAGAUAUGGUUCUAGCUGGACUGGAGUGUAAGCUGAGUUUCCCCCUCUCCCCACAUUUUCUUUUGGUAAGGGCUUACGUAUGGAAUGGCUACCAAAAGUGGUGGAAUUUCUUUAAUUAUCAGUGACUCCUAUCUGCAUGAUCCAUAGGUUUCCACUGCCCACAUGUGAAGAAUGCCGUCACGUUACUUUGGUGCAGUGCCUUUUAUGUUGUUCAACUUCAGCUUUGUUAAUUCCAUGUUUGCUUCAAAUGAGAGGGAAAAGGAGGACGAUGAAAGUUGUAAUUUGUAUCAUAUUGGAUUAAGAGGAGGGGUCAAGAAGGGAAUGGACGAGUUGAUUGUCAUCACGUUCAGAAUACAAGUUUGGGUUUCAAAACACAAGGAAAGAUAGUUUAGUUGUGCAAUUUAUUAUCUAUGAAUUUUGAAGGGGAGCUAAAUUAAACAAAGAGGGGUUUUGACUCCUUACAUUCUCAUUCAUUUUAUUUUCCUCCUACUAAAAAUUAUGUAAUGGUUAGGUAGUUUUUUAGCCAUUGUUUUAAAAGCUGGUGGAGGCACUGGUUGAGAUACACGUUGGUCAAUAGACUGCUUUCCAAUUCAAUUAGUUAAAUUGGCUGGUUGUGUA